AUGUCUCGUGAACAUAUUAUUCGCUUUCAAGCAAUUCUUGUUCUGUUCCUUGCUCUGUUUUACAAUUCUCAUGCCUACUUCGUCUCAAAAGGAUCCGUAGGAAUCGGCUUCAAUGGUUACUUCACUUUAACCAACACGACAAAACACGCAUACGGUCAAGCUUUCGACAGCGAAACAGUUUCAAUCACGAACUCAUCCACAGGUGUCACAACAUCUUUCUCAGUCAACUUCUUCUUCGCAAUCGUCCCUGAGCAUAACCGGCGUGGCUCACACGGCAUGGCUUUCGUCAUCUCUCCCACAAGAGGCCUUCCCGGAGCUUCCUCCGAUCAAUACCUCGGAAUCUUCAACGCAACAAACAACGGUAAAGACUCGAACAACGUGAUAGCUAUCGAGUUAGAUAUACACAAAGACGAAGAGUUUGGAGAUAUUGAUGAUAAUCACGUUGGGAUUAACAUUAACGGUAUGAGAUCUGUUGCCUCUGCUUCUGCUGGUUACUAUGAUGAUAAAGAUGGAAAGUUUCACAAUCUUUCUUUGAUCAGCAGAAAGGUAAUGCGACUUUCCAUCGUUUAUAGUCAACCUGAGAAACAGCUCAAUGUUACUCUACUCCCUGCUGAGUUCUCUGUGCCUCCUCGUAAGCCACUUUUGUCUUUGAAACAAGAUCUCUCUCCGUAUUUUCUUGAGAAGAGGUAUCUUGGAUUCACGGCUUCUACUGGAUCCGUUGGAGCGAUCCAUUACAUGAUUGGUUGGUUUGUCAACGGAGAAGUUCAGUAUCCGAGAUUGGAGUUUGCUACACAACCAAUCCUUCCUCCUUAUCCAAAGAAAGCAUCUCACAGAACAAGGACGAUUUUAGCAGUCUGCUUAACUGUAUCCGUGAUCGCUGCUUUUGUUGCAUCGUGGAUUGGUUUUUUCUUCUAUUUGAGGCAUAAGAAGGGUUUCAAGGAGAAACAGCUUCUUGGAAGAGGUGGUUUUGGUCAAGUCUUUAAAGGAACACUUCCGGGUUCUGAUGCAGAGAUCGCUGUGAAACGGACUUCUCAUGAUUCAAGACAAGGUAUGAGCGAGUUUCUAGCUGAGAUAUCAACCAUUGGUCGUCUCAGACAUCCGAAUCUGGUCAGGCUUUUGGGGUAUUGUAGGCAUAAAGAACAUCUCUACUUGGUUUAUGACUUUAUGCCUAAUGGAAGCCUUGACAAGUAUCUUUACCGUAACAACAGAGAAUGA